GAAACAGGGUAUCAGACCAAGCUGAAGGCACCAGCACCGCUUCACAUCACCAUUGCACAAGUUAACCACACAGCAACUAGUAAGAUUACUAGCAGGACUGCGUCCAGCCAUCGAGCCCAGCUGCUUAAUUAAUCAGGAAACCUACGCUACGACAGCAUGGCCCCAACCAUUGCCAAGCCUCUCCUCAGCGAUCUCGUGGCGCAGAUUGGGCAAGUCCCAUUGAGCCACGUGCGUCCUGUCGGAGACCGCCCGGACCUCGCGAACGUCGACAACGAGUCCGGCGCCGGGAUCCCGCUCAUCGACCUCAAGAAGCUCAACGGGCCGCAGCGCCGCGAGGUGGUGGAGGCCAUCGGCAGGGCCUGCGGAUCCGACGGCUUUUUCAUGGUGACGAACCACGGCAUCCCGGCGGGAGUCGUGGAGGGGAUGCUGCGCGUGGCGCGGGAGUUCUUCCACAUGCCGGAGUCGGAGCGGCUCAAGUGCUACUCCGACGACCCCAAGAAGGCCAUCCGGCUGUCCACGAGCUUCAACGUGCGCACGGAGAAGGUCAGCAACUGGCGCGACUUCCUGCGCCUGCAUUGCUACCCGCUCGAGAGCUUCAUCGAACAGUGGCCGUCGAACCCGCCCUCAUUCAGGGAAGUGGUGGGCACCUACGCGACGGAAGCGCGAGCGCUGGCGCUGCGGCUGCUGGAGGCGAUCUCGGAGAGCCUGGGCCUGGAGCGGAGCCACAUGGUGGCGGCCAUGGGGAGGCAGGCGCAGCACAUGGCGGUGAACUACUACCCACCGUGCCCGCAGCCGGAGCUCACCUACGGGCUGCCGGGGCACAAGGACCCCAAUGCCAUCACGCUGCUGCUCCAGGACGGCGUCUCCGGCCUGCAGGUGCAGCGCGACGGCCGCUGGGUCGCCGUGAACCCCGUGCCCAACGCGCUGGUCAUCAACAUCGGCGACCAGCUGCAGGCGCUGAGCAACGACCGCUACAAGAGCGUGCUCCACCGCGUGAUCGUCAACAGCGAGAGCGAGCGGAUCUCGGUGCCGACGUUCUACUGCCCGUCCCCGGACGCGGUGAUCGCGCCGGCGGGCGCGCUGGUGGACGACGCCCACCCGCUGGCCUACCGGCCAUUCACCUACCAGGAGUACUACGACGAGUUCUGGAACAUGGGCCUCCAGUCAGCCAGCUGCCUCGACCGGUUCAGACCCGGUUGAACGAUCCAGUGAACGCCGGCCACGAGCAGAGAGAACGUGCAGAAGGUUGUGGCGUGGCCGUCUCCCAUGUGUAAUCUGCAAUAACUGGACUCGGAUUCCCCUCGAGUACGUCCCACGCACACACGUAUGGGACCUUUUUGGAGCGGGUUAGCUGAAAUAUGUCAGAUCAAGUUUUGUAUGGCUGCGAUUGAGACGCAAGGCUCGUUGCAGCGUCUCCCUAAAAAAAUCACAAGGUGUUUAGGUUGAGAGAUUCUCGUGUAAGGUUUGAUUCCUCCA